AUGUCACUUUUUCCACUAAUGGAGAAGAGAAAGAUCAAGAAGAUAGUAGUUGAUGAAGGAACUGAAUUCGAGAAGAUAUUCAACUUUGACGGUAAUGGUUGGUUCACAACUAUUACUGAUAAAGAUGGAGAACAUUUCAGACCCAGAAAGGCACCAAGAAAACUUCAAGAUCUGAUUGAACCAAUCAAUCCAAACAAACCAAUCAAACAAAACAAACCAAAGCAAACAUCGGAAACAUAUCCUAUACCAGAAGUCCAUGAACCAGAGAGACUUUUGAUACCAAGACCUGUGGAUGACAAAUAUGAUCCAGAUGAGUUCUUCCCAAAAAUACCUAAGUUAGAAUAA